CACGCGUAGGAAUCUCAUGAGGAUUCGAAUGUCAAUGUCAAAUUCUAAAAUCCUGUUUCAAACAAGGUUACAACCAAAGAGCAGUAUGAUAAUACGGGUUAGAACUUAAGAGUUAAUUAUCAACAGAACGAAGCGAAAAGAAAUACCGCUUUAAAAUUAUGUGUGUUUUGCCAUAAAUAUAUAAUAAAUGUGCUAAUUUUAUGUUAAAUGUGGAUUAUGGGCACUAGCUACAGCAAUGAGACACGGGAUGAGGUUGUUUAUGGAACAACAAUCAACGGUCAAGCACUAGGAGACAUUAUGGCAAAUAGAGAAAAUGAGGUCAUUUUUAAUUUGCCUACAAAGUUGAAGCAUGACGAUGAAUUUGAAGUUAUUGGAUAUAUGACCUCCGACCGCAAAAAGUUAAUAGUAUCAUUAAUUACAGGAUCAUAUGAAAUAGACUAUAACAAUGUUGCCUGUGAAGUGGAAUUUAAUUUCACAGGAGAUGAAAUUGUUAAAAUAAGAUAUAUAAUAAAUGGUGAACCUCAUGAACAAACAGUUGAAAAUGUUUCAGGUUCAAAGUUAUUGAUUGAAUUUGUUACAGAAGAGUAUUUCAAACUCAAGUUCAAAAUAAAGAAUUCAUCAAUAAUAAUAACCAUCGGUGCAAGGAAAGAGGGUGAAGGCGAGCAAGGUGAAAUCUUUUUGGAACAUUUUGAAUCACGUCAUAAUAUUGAAGAUAUUAGAUUUUUAAGUCUGAGUCAUGAUAUACACAAAGUAAGUAAGUUAAAUUUCUCUUUUUGAUACUGAUACAUUAACAUAUUUAUAUAUUAUUAUAAGAGACAAAUAAUGAAUGUUGCCAUUAUUUAUGACAUUAAAGAUGCCUAUAGACCUCAUGUUUCUUAUUUAUGGGUAACACGUGUUUAGCAACAAAGUUGAGAUGACAAGUUGAGAAGUUGCUGGGAACAUAUUGUAGGCAACAUCGCAUAAUGAAGUUAAUACAUAACAUGUUGGUAAGAGCUUGUCUGUGGAGUGUCAACAACUGUUUAUCAACAACUUUUGAUUUUGAAGAGUGUGGAUGAGAGGACAACCAUUUAUAGCCAUGACAGUUGGUGCAGAACAAUGAUUGAUAUCAUCAUUUGAAUAAUUUUAGUAAUGCAGGCUGCUAUGUAGGCAAUGUAUAUUGAUUUUUCAAUGUUUCUAGCAACAUUCUCUGCACUCGUCAAGAAUAUUGUGUUACUGUUGCUCAACAAAUAUUUAAUAUGAGGCUUUACAAGUAUCUUAAUUUAAGAUGUGUGUUUAUUUGUGGGGUUUCUUAUACCCAUAUAUUACAAUGAUAUCUAAGUAUUAUUUUUUGUAGAAUUAAGCUUAAAUAGAAAUAUUGUAUAAGCAGAUACAAAAAUCCACGUUAUCGUUAUCGUUACGUAGUAUUUACAUGUUUGAAUAUCAAUAAUAUUAUGUAAAUUAGAAAUAUCAUUUAUGUUUUUAUAAUGAAGUACCUACUGGUAUUAUAAUUGUUAAACCCUGCAUUAAUAUGUCAAAGGAAUGAAUUAUAAAUAUAUCAUGAUAAUGUACCUAAGUGUAUCUUGUUAUAUGAAUCUGACUUGAGUUAUGGAGAGAGAAAUAAAAAUUAUUUCUUACAAAUAACCAUACUUUAAAUAUGUGUGACUGUUAAAUUUUAAUAAUUGUUUAAUAUACAUUAAUACUCGUGUCCUCAUGGCAGAAUUGCAUUUAAAGAUAGGAGCAUGUUGUCGUGUGCAUCUGGUCUGAGUUUUUAGAAUAAUCAUACUUCUAAGUACAUACUGAGUGAAUUGUAUUAUAGAGUAGAGCAAUGAUAUUGUUUCUGUUUCGUUGAAAAUUUAAUCUUUAUCAAUAGGCACAAAGACACAAAAAAGAUUUUCAUACCACUUAAACGUAACUUGCCUUUUUACAAUAUUUAUAACAUUAAACAACUCCCCAUUUUUGUGUUUCCUUUAAGGUGGUAUAUAUACAGUAUGGUAUAUAUAUAGAUGUUAAAAUGUAUUAUUUUCAAUUAAUCUUAUAAUUUAUAAUGUUAUAAUUUGAUUGUCAUGCCAAUUUCCCACCUUUGAAUUGUAUAGUGUAAUAAAGUAUAGAUAAAUAAGUUUUCUUUUA